AUGGCAACUCAGGUAGCGUUACAGAUUGUUGCCUCACUGUUCUUUAUGACAGGUGUAAGUGGUUGGAGAUGUGCUAAAUAUGAAAACUACUUCAGCCAGCAGCCUGACUACAUUGACUGUCUUUGGGAUUGCUGUGGUAAUUCUUUCAACAGACAUUGCUGUGCUCCGAUUGGCAUAAUUGUUGGAUGCUGUAUUGUUGGAGCUAUUGUAGUGGCUACCCUAACUGUGUUGUUAAUAUGCUGGUGGCAGAGAAGGCGAGCUAAGCAGUCACAAGGUCCAAGACUCUUCCAUAGUCAACGUCAUUCCCACUAUCCUGUGGCACCAUCGUCUGUGACAAGACCUGCACCGAUGAUGGCCUUCACUGCCCCAGACUCAGAUCAAGGAUUCAAGCAACCCCCAGAAAAUGAGUAUGGUGGACCCCCUAGAGGGGGCUAUAGACCAGGGCCCCCUCAAGGAUAUAGAACAUCUCCUCGGCCAGAGAAACCACCCAUUGAUGAGUAUUAUGAUGACAGGCCUCCACAGAGUUACAGGCCUGGCCCACCACAUGAACUCCGCCAGCAGUACCCACCUUCCAUGAGAAGUGAAAAGGUUUCCUUGGGAUCUCACUCUGGGGAGAGGGCUGUAGAUAUUUGA